UCUCUGUUCUCUGGCAGAGGAGGUCCCUUGGCAGCGGGAAGCUCCCUCUCUUUCUCUCGCCGCGGCUCCGAGUCUGCGCCCUGGUGCCAGGCGCUCGGUUCGGCGCUCCCUGUGCUCUCCCCGCGCCCACUCAUUCGCAGCGCAGCCUUCGCCGCCGCCGCCGCCUCCCUGCUCCUCCUCCUCCUCCUUUCCCCAGCCCGCCGCGGCCAUGGCGGACAGCGCCAGCGAGAGCGACACGGACGGGGCGGGGGGCAACAGCAGCAGCUCGGCCGCCAUGCAGUCGUCCUGCUCGUCGACCUCGGGUGGCGGCGGCGGCGGUGGCGGCGGGGGAGGUGGCGGCGGUGGGAAGUCGGGGGGCAUUGUCAUCUCGCCGUUCCGCCUGGAGGAGCUCACCAACCGCCUGGCCUCCCUGCAGCAGGAAAACAAGGUGUUGAAGAUCGAGCUGGAGACCUACAAACUCAAGUGCAAGGCGCUGCAGGAGGAGAACCGCGACCUGCGCAAAGCCAGCGUGACCAUCCAAGCCAGGGCUGAGCAGGAAGAAGAAUUCAUCAGUAACACGUUGUUCAAGAAAAUUCAGGCUUUGCAGAAGGAGAAAGAAACCCUUGCUGUAAAUUAUGAGAAAGAAGAAGAGUUCCUCACUAAUGAGCUCUCCAGAAAAUUGAUGCAGUUGCAGCAUGAGAAAGCUGAACUAGAACAACAUCUGGAACAGGAGCAGGAAUUUCAGGUCAACAAACUGAUGAAGAAAAUUAAAAAACUGGAGAAUGAUACCAUUUCUAAGCAACUUACAUUAGAGCAGUUGAGACGGGAAAAGAUUGACCUUGAAAAUACAUUGGAACAGGAACAAGAAGCUCUAGUUAAUCGUCUCUGGAAAAGGAUGGACAAACUUGAAGCUGAAAAGCGAAUCCUGCAGGAGAAAUUAGACCAGCCUGUCUCUGCUCCACCAUCACCUAGAGAUAUCUCCAUGGAGAUCGAUUCUCCAGAAAACAUGAUGCGCCACAUCAGGUUUUUAAAGAAUGAAGUCGAGCGGCUGAAGAAGCAACUUAGAGCUGCCCAGUUACAGCAUUCAGAGAAAAUGGCACAGUACCUGGAGGAGGAACGUCACAUGAGGGAAGAGAACUUGAGGCUGCAGAGGAAGCUUCAGAGAGAGAUGGAGAGAAGAGAAGCCCUCUGUCGCCAGCUCUCGGAGAGCGAGUCCAGCCUAGAGAUGGAUGACGAGAGGUAUUUCAAUGAAAUGUCUGCACAAGGACUAAGACCUCGCACUGUGUCCAGCCCAAUCCCUUACACACCUUCUCCGAGUUCAAGCAGGCCUAUAUCACCCGGUCUAUCAUAUGCAAGUCACACAGUUGGUUUCACACCACCGACUUCACUGACUAGAGCCGGAAUGUCUUACUACAAUUCCCCUGGCCUUCACGUGCAGCACAUGGGAACACCCCAUGGUGUCACAAGGCCUUCACCACGGAGAAGCAACAGUCCUGACAAGUUCAAACGGCCCACGCCACCUCCGUCUCCCAACACACAGACACCAGUGCAGCCGCCUCCGCCUCCGCCUCCACCACCCAUGCAGCCUGCCAUCCCGUCGGCCACCACCUCGCAGCCUGCCCCCUCGCAACAUUCGGUGCACCCCGCCUCCCAGCCUUAAUGCAUGUGUUUAGUCUGAAUUUCAAAUUGGGACUCGUCCAAUGGAGCCGUCUGUCUACUCAACGCCAAAGGCUUCCUCCCCUGGCAUAUUCGGAUCUGACUUAUUUGCACUGAGGUUAUCUAGGCUUCACCACCCAUCAUGUUGUAAAUGUUUGUCGGAAAUGCAGCCAGUGUUGUGGGUCUGCAACACUAACAAGACGACUUUUUCCAUCAGUAUUUUACUUGAAUCUACACGUACGUCCAUUCCCUGGCUGGAACCUUUGCUAUUCCGUAUUUGGUAAUUCAGCAGCAGUGUGCAAUUUUUGCUUGGCCCCAGAGCUUCAUUUUCCUGGCUUUUAGGUUUGUAAAAGAAAAAGGGAUAUCUUUUUAUAUUUUUUUUCAUGAAUUUGCUGAAAAUUACUGAGCUGUUAUUACCUUUCUUCUCCCAUUAUAACGGUGUUUACCCAACAUACCAAUAAUUCAGCACUACAAUUCAGAUCUUUCAAAAUCUAGCUUUCAGUAUAGAAUGGGAAGUUAGAUGAAUCAGUGCCCAAGAUGCAUAUUCUGUUUAAUAGCGCUUUCUACAGAUACACUUUUUACAGGUUAUUUUCAGUAUAUGUCAACAUCCAUGUCUCUUGUAUAAAAGACAGCCUAAAGUAAUGAAUCACAUGGCUGUACCUUUUCCACUUACAUGGGAUGGAUAAUUAUUGUAUAUUAAGAUGUGAUUCUUUCCUUUAUCCUUUGUGUUACUCUUCCUAAACUGGCUCCUCUAACAUGAGUUGAUAAAUCUUGUCCUACCCACCAGUGGUUUUAAUGGCUGAUCAGAAUGUACUGUUGAUUUCUGCUACAGAAGGCAGUGUGAUUGUAACAAAAACAAUGUGAUUCGCCCUUCCAUUCUUUAUUUUUUGUUCUCCAAAUAUAGUUGGAACAAAUUUUUAAAGGUGCAAAAUAUUAUUAGAAAAUUUUAUUUGAAAUGGACAUUGUAGGAGUAUCUUGACAUAAUGGCCACAAAAUACUAUAUUGCUUGGCAGAAAGGAAAAGAAGUGUAGAGGAAAGUAGCACAGUGCUAUUGAUGGCUGCUUAUUUUGCCCAGUAUAAGCAAGUGCAGUGUACAAAGAAGUAUAUUCUGAAUACAUUAUUUUCAUUUACACUCAGCACAAAUAAAUCGUUUGGUUUCACUUUGAAGUGGACCACUGUGAGUCACUCUUUUCUUAAUACUUGCAACAUCUUAAUUUUUGUUUUUCAGCAGUUACUUGUUUUGUAUUUUGGUAGCAAAGUGAUUUUUACCACCUGUGUUUGCAUAUUUAUAUAUGCUGUGGGUGAAAAUAACUUACUAGAGAAUGUAUAUUUUAUGAUGAGAAUGUGUAUCAGUUGGAUAUAAUCAGAGAACUGAAAAUUUAUCAGUAACUUUGAAGAGUCCAUGUUCUGUGACAACCAUCCCAGUUAGCUAACUCUAUAUUGUACACACUCCUACAAGUAAGGAACUGUGGCAUUGUAGAUAUUUAAUAUUGUACAGUAUAGAAACCUCCAUUUUUUGCCUUCAAAUGCAUAUUUAAGAGUUAACAGAAUGAAAAAAGUCUUGUUGGAUGAUAGUAUUUGACUAGCAUUUUAAGAACUUGAAAGUAAAAGCAACAAUAGGAUUUUUCACCUCUUCCUUCUUCUACCCCCAAACUGAGAACAUCACUCCUUAAUUGUUUGGAAGAAAUUGUAGGUCUAUAUAAAUUUUAUUUAUAAUGUGUGUAUAAUAUACGUAAUCAUAGUACAGUUCUCAAAUCUGGGGAAGAAGUUUGGCAUUUAAUUAUUGAGGCUUUAGGUUUUUAAUAUGAUAGACCGAGCCGUGUCAAACCCAGCUUUUUCACCAACAGCUUCCUAACCCUCCUGGUACAUGCUGUUCCAAGGAAUUCUGAGAGUAGGCAAACGGAUUUUGCCGUCACGGUACAGUUCUUGGUGUUUCUUAUAGGAUAAAUAUGGUAUGUUUACAAGACUCUUUUAUGAGAUUAUAGAUUUCAGUGCUGUAGGAUAGUCUUGCAUUCAAACAAAGUCCACAGUGUAAUGAUCUUCCCUCAGCUUUUGAUCAAUUUAGUUACCUCCUGAAAGCACAAAAAUUAAAACAUUGCCAUAUGGGGAAUGAAAAAGCACUUGGAGUGAGCAAACAGUUCCUGAUCAAUGCCUUUUAGAAACAGGUUCUUGACAUUCGGAUUUCUGCUGAAAUGUACUGCUGGUUCCCUUAGACUAGUCAUUUCCAUUCAAAAUAGAACACAGCUCCUUCAAUGAGCACUUUUUCAGCAUAGAUCGAGUUGCCUCUCCUGCAGACAUUCAGAACUGAUAGAACAAACACUACUAUUUUGAACUGAUGAUGUUUCAUGUCCUUUUAAGGUGUUUUGCAUCCCCUUGUGGAGUCCGUAAUGCUUGGACAGUAUCUGCUAGGACAACUUCUUAACCGUUGCUGAGCCACCAGGGACCCAUAAGGUUCAGAUCCUGAGCCCCUAGAGGCAAGAGCCCCCUCACCUACAGGGAGCUGACGUACCUCGGCUGGGCACUUCUCGCUGGGGCCGAACGUGUUACUGCUGUCUGUUGCCCACUCGCCCAGAUCACACAUGGGCUGACUCCUGGGAGGCCUUUGCAGAAUCAGUAGCCAUCCCGCAGGCAGGCAGGAGCAACCGUGGCUUCAGUACCUUCAUUUUCCUGUCUUGCUGACAGAGACCCUUGGCUACCACUGUGCUGCUAAUAGAAUAAGUACUCUGUUGCCAGAUUACCAUGCCUUUUAUACAAAACCAAAUUAACUUACCUAAUACCUGACACCUCUCUGGGCUCUGAACUGCUUUCUCUCAUCAAGCAUGCUGGCAUUCUAGAGAGAAUUCUAGAAAUUUGGCAGAUGGUGGAAGUAUUUAAGAUUGAAUUUAACUUACUCCUUUGUUGAUUGAAAGGAGUUUUAAAUUCUGAGCUCCUGAGAUACUAACAACCAUGCAAUGAAUGUGAGACCAGAAUGUGGCUUUGACACCAAGUGCUGCUGUCCCUUUGUGAUUGGCUUCUAACUGAUUUGACCAGAAGGAAUUAAUAAUGUGAAUUUUUGUUACUUGUUCAAUUGUAGGAAAAUAGAAUAUGUAUCGCCCUUUGUUAGGUAGACAUGAACUUUUCCUGCACGAAGCCUUGCUUGUAGAGGAUGCCCAGUAAGGCAAGACAAAGUAUAUAGUCACUUGUGCUUUGAGAGCUCAAUAUUUUUAUCUUAUCAGUACAGAAGAAAUAGUUCUGUAUAACUUGAUCUUCUGUCUAGUACUUGUCUUAUAGGUAACCAACACUGAAAACUUUGUAGUGAUGACUACCAAAGAAAUACAUAGUAAAACAACCGUUUAUUUCCAAAUUAUUAAAGAGCCAGCCAUUGACGCUGCUACACGAGUUCCACGCUCAAGAGCCAUUGUAAGAGAUUAAAAGGGUUUUUAGGUUUUUUUUUUUCCUUUCCUUUUCUUUUUUUGAUAAAACAUACACACAGCUGUUAGCAUAAUGUUACAGGGAACAUUUUCCAGAAUGCUCAGCAGUUGUGAUUAACUGCCAAGCCCAGGUUGCCUCUUGUUAGGCAAUUGAAGGAAUCCCGUGUUUAUGACAGCAUGGGUGCUGUGUGUGUGCGCGCUUGUGUGCAUUCAUGCCUUAACUCGGGUUACUGCUCAACUUUGGUUCUUGACUUAGUCUGCACCGUCAUCUAGAUUGUAUUGUACAUCGCAGUCUGAACUUCAUCCUGGCAAAAACAAAGUUGCAGGCACAACAGUUUAAGAAUGCAUUCCUCCGGAAGAGUAUCUGGUCAGGUUGACCCUGAGCCUUCUUUGGACUUUAUUUGGAACUUAGCCUGGAAAGCAAAAGUGGACUGUCAAACGGAAAGAUGUCAACAAGGCAGAGAGGAGAGCCGAGUGCUAGCAUGCCUUUGCCUCUGCUUAUGUGUGCACACUGUGUGUCGUUCAUGGUAGCUUGUCUACAACUUGACUAGGUUGGACUUCUGCUAAUAGUGGCAAUCUUGACAUUCUUGUCAGAGUUUAGAGAGAUGUAAGACUUCCAGUUAAUGUCUUAUUUACUUCUUUAUGUUGAUUAGUCUUUGAUACAUGUGCUGAAUCAGAAACCUAAAUAAAGAUAAUUUUUUAAAAUGUA